AUGCCACAGAAAGUCUACGUCACCUACAAUCAGGUGCACAAGCUAUGUCAAAUAUCUGCUGAUCAGAUCCUGAAUGGAUUCCAUCCCAACCUCAUGAUCGCUAUUGGUGGUGGUGGCUACGUCCCCGCUCGUAUUCUGCGAUCUUUCCUUAAACGCCCUGGUGAGCCCAACAUUCCCAUCCAGGCCAUCGGUCUAUCGCUUUAUGAAGAUCUCGGUCGUGGUGAUCCGGAAGAAGUCCCUGGAACAAAGGUUACCCGCACACAGUGGCUGGACCUAAGUUCUCUGGAGAUGGCAAACCUUAUUGGCAAGAACAUUCUCAUCGUUGACGAGGUCGAUGAUACCCGGACGACGCUGGAAUAUGCUGUUCGUGAGCUUCAAAAGGACGUGGAAUUGGCUCAGAAGCAGCUCGGACGAGAAGGCGAGAAGACGAAUUUCUUUGUUUUUGUCCUUCACAACAAGAACAAGUCAAAGAAGGGUGUACUGCCUGCUGAUAUGAUGGAAUCUCACCGUUAUCAUGCAGCAGUCACGACCGAUGAUGUUUGGAUUUGCUAUCCAUGGGAGGCCAAGGAUAUUGAUGAGCAUGACCGAUUCGCUGAGGAGAACCCGCUCGUCUAA